AUGAAUCAGGAGACUGGCAGGCUGCCGUGGAGAAUGAGAUUGGAAGAAAAUCUGAAAAAAAUAUCAUCACGCGUGACAAACGGUGAAAAUGGAUACAAAUCUCUAUCACAGACUUACCCCGCGAGCGAGGAGGAGGAGUCAGCAAUUCUACUAUCGCUAAUUUCUGAAGUCCGCGAAAUAUUCCCCGAUUAUGGUGAUGGGUUCAUUAAGGCAUGCUUAACCGCUUUCGACAAUAACGUGGAGACGGUCAUCGAUCAAUUACUUCAAGGCACACUUCCUCCAAACUUGGAAAAGCUGGAUCGUUCGAUGGUUCGAUACACACCGGAUAAAGUUCACGAAGAUAUAAACGAAAAAGAAGAAAGCCCCCUCGUUAACCGUCGAAAUAUCUUUGAUAAUGAUGAGUUCGACGUGUUUUCCGGAAAAGUUCUCGAUUCCACACGUGUGAACUUGGGGAAAAAGAAUCGUGGAACAGCAGAGAAGCUAUUGGAUGAUAAAUCGUUUGUGGGAACCUACAAGGAAUCCAUAAUAGAUGUUGCGUGUAACAUGAUGUAUGAGGAUGAGUAUGACGAUACUUAUGAUAGCAGCGGAUUGAAGAUGCGUGGUAUCGACCUUCAUCUGGUCGAUGAAUUAGACGAAGGAAGCACAUCGCGGCAAAAUAUCGAUCCUAGCAUUAUUCACGAAGGAGAACUCGUGAGGGCCCUUCAAUCGAACCCCUCGGUGUUUGAGAAAAGUCGUGCUGCAAAAAACUCUGCUGAACGUGAUCGACUUAAAAAAGUUACACAAAUGACCGACGAACAGCUCGAAGGGUGGUUCAUCAUGUUCCAGCGAAAUCCCAGGAAAGAUCGUAUACUUGCUACGUAUGAGUGGAGAGGAAACGUUGAUGAAACACAAUCAUCAUCGGAAUCCGAGGAAGGCAGCUCGCAUGAAGAUUCUCCGCAACCUGGGAACUCGAAUUCUGGAAUGCGCAUGCAAAGAAAAUGGGUAGAGGAUUUGGUGCCAUAA